CCUUUAACUCUGAGUAGAGUUCUAGCUUCAACAGUGUUUGAACGGAGCCCUCUCUGAGUGCCCUGUCCUCUUUGCUUUUAUAUCUAUAAAAUAAUACCUUGAGAAUCUUUUAAAGCCACCAAUACAGCGAAACUCCGCAAUGGCAUCCCAAGUGCGUCAAAACGACAACAGCAACUGCGAAGCUGCCCUCAACCGCAUGGUCAACUUGGAGCUGUAUGCAUCCUAUGGGUACCUCUCCAUGUCCUACUACUUUGACCGUGAUGAUGUGGCUCUGGAGCAUGUGGCCAAGUUCUUCAAGGAGCAGAGCCAUGAGGAGCGGGAGCACGCAGAGAAAUUCCUCAAAUACCAAAAUAAGCGUGGGGGUCGUAUUGUCCUUCAGGAUUUGAAGAGACCAGAGCGUGAUGAAUGGGGCAACACCCUGGAAGCCAUGCAGGCUGCCUUGCAGCUGGAGAAGACUGUGAACCAGGCUCUUCUGGACCUGCACAAGCUGGCAUCUGACAAGAAUGACCCUCAUCUGUGUGACUUCCUGGAGUCAGAAUACCUGGAUGAGCAAGUCAAAUCUAUGAAACAACUUGGCUACUACCAACCUGAUAUGCCUUGGGGUGCCACAGAAGGGCAUGGGCAAGUACCUGUUCGACAAGCACACCUUGGGAGAAAGCAGUUAAACAGAUCUCACAGGGUGACCAAGCCAGACAACUAUACACCUUUCAUCUCUUUACUACCUGCGUGGUUUAAAUGUAACUCAUCAGACUUUUGAGAUUCCUCCUCUAGUGUUGUGUGCAGUUUAAAUCCUGCAGUAGGUUCUGUGCUUGUCAACAUGUUGUCAAUAAAGUUCUUUCAGCAUUCCA